UUUCAAAGUGGGGCAGGUUUAGUGAUUGAUCGCCUAUAUGUGAAUUGGUGCCCUGGGGCAGCGGGGCAGCUCAAUGCCGCUGAAGGACACAGUGUCCCGGGUGUGGUGGUAUAAAAGCCUGAGCUAAUGAGUGGAUCGCUGGGUCUGGAGCAGGGAAUGAGGAGCUGGCUUCGCCAAGGCAAGAAGUUCAGACUGCCUACAGGUGUUUUGGAGUGUACAGUAACCCCAAUAGCUAUGGAGGACAGUGACCGUGAAGUUGACUCUGCAUCAGAUGACCAGGACUCUUUCCCUGCAUCCCCCGUGUCCCCUGAACCCAGGGCUCAUGCAGAGGAAAAGCACCUCCCCAAAGAAGACUCUGAUUCAGAGCUGGAGCACAUCAUGGGACAUCAACCUCCCAGAGAUGGGCAUCAUAAGGGGGAUGGUGAGGGUCAUAGUAGACCCCACACCCCGGGAACGCCCACUUUCCUGAGGCCCGUGGCGGCACCCAUCGGCCUAGGAGAGUUAGACCACGAGUCCAGAACAGUGGUUCAGCGGGGCCUUGUGGAGUUUAGCUUGCCGUCACCCAUCAGCCCCUCCAGGCCUAGAAGCCCCUGGGGUUGUUUUGACCCUUAUUUUGCUGAGGAUCAGGAUAAGGAGUAUGUGGGAUUUGCAACUCUGCCAAAUCAGGUUCACCGUAAAUCUGUGAAAAAGGGCUUUGACUUUACUUUAAUGGUAGCAGGAGAGUCAGGUUUAGGAAAAUCCACCCUGGUCAACAGUCUCUUCCUAACAGAUCUAUACAAAGACCGAAAACUGCUCAAUGCCGAGGAGAGAAUCACCCAGACAGUGGAGAUCACUAAACACACAGUGGACAUUGAGGAGAAGGGUGUCAAACUAAAGCUCACUAUCGUAGACACACCGGGAUUCGGAGACGCAGUCAAUAACACUGAGUGCUGGAAGUCAGUUGCAGACUACAUAGACCAACAGUUUGAGCAGUACUUCAGAGAUGAGAGUGGACUGAACCGCAAAAACAUUCAGGAUAACCGUGUACACUGUUGUCUGUACUUCAUUUCACCCUUCGGUCACGGUUUAAGGCCUCUCGAUGUGGAGUUUAUGAAAGCACUCCAUGAGAAGGUCAAUAUUGUGCCUGUGCUUGCUAAAGCCGACACGCUAACCCCCAACGAGGUCAAGAAGAAGAAAAUCAAGAUUCGAGAGGAGAUUGAGCAAUACGGAAUCAAGAUCUACCAAUUUCCAGAUUGUGAUUCAGACGAGGAUGAGGACUUCAAACAACAAGACCAAGAACUCAAGGACAGCAUUCCCUUUGCUGUGAUAGGCAGUAAUACAGUAGUGGAGGCCAAAGGCAAGAGGAUUCGAGGUCGACUGUACCCCUGGGGAAUUGUAGAAGUGGAGAACCCAGCACACUGUGACUUUGUGAAGCUGAGGAACAUGUUGGUACGAACACACAUGCAGGAUCUGAAGGAUGUGACACGGGAAACCCACUAUGAGAACUACAGAGCCCACUGCAUCCAGAGCAUGACACGCAUGGUGGUAAAAGAACGCAACCGCAACAGCAAACUGACCAGGGAGAGCGGCACAGAUUUCCCCAUUCCUCUGGUACCCGGCAUCGCUGACAAUGAGACAGAGAAGCUCAUCCGAGAGAAAGAUGAGGAGUUGCGACGAAUGCAGGACAUGCUGCAGAAGAUCCAGGAGCAGAUGCAAACGCAGAAAGAGGCCUAUUAACACUGCAUCGCUAUGAUUUUAAGCCAGUCCCCUUGACCACACACACCAGGCCAGCGUUGCCCCAUUCUCUAUCAUGAGGUGUCUCUUAACCCACCAAAACAGUUAGGAUAAACUUGACCUAGGAAAACUCUAUAUGGGUAAAUUUCAGAAGAAAAAAAACUGGCCCAGGGCAUAUUUAAUCUAAAAGGAAAACAUUUAUGCUUUAUUUUUUUAAAUGACAUUUUGAAAUAUGACCUGAACAUGUUGAUUGUUUUUGUAAGUCAACCCACAUAAAUCUUUAUUUUUUGAGAGCAUUUUGAGUGCAUAUUAUUAUAUGUAAUGAUGUUUUUAUUCUGUGAGGUGGUUUAUGUCUACGGGGACAGUAAAAAAGCCCUUUAACCAUUUUGCUUGUUUGUCCGAUAUUUGCUUGUAUAUAUUUGUUUGUAUGUUUUUUUUUAAAUAAUUGUUUUGUGAUAGGUAUUUUGUAAUUAUUUAAUAAUUCUACAACUCGUUACUUUAUUGUCUAAAAUGUUCAUUAUUCGUAUCUGUAACAUGUUUCUGUCUGUAUUUCUAUACAAACUUCUAGGUUUCUAAAUAAAAAAAAGUAUUUUCCUAUUGGAGAUAUGUAAUGAUAAAGUAUUGUAUACAAUAUACCAUGAUAUAUUAUAUUAUUAUAUAAAUACUCUAUAGAGAGAUAGUUUUGUUAACAAGGCUUUAACACAGCUAUGUGCAUGUGUAAAGAAGAAAUCUGUUAUAUUGUUAUAGAUUGCCAUAGAGAACAUAUGUUUUUUUUUUGUUGAUAAUGUUAGUGAAACAAAAAAGAAAUAAGUCUUACAAAUGGAUGUACGCUGUAAAAAAAAACAAAGCUGAAAAAUGUAAUGAACUUAAUUUUUAAAAAAGUUUUUUAAGCUUUAUGAGUUAAUUAAACUUAAAUGAUUAAACUGACUUAAAAAAUUGAGUUUGUAUUUUACAACUCGUUUUUUGUCUGUUCAAUAUAAUUAAGUUCAAUAAAGCUAAUUUUAUUUAACUAAAACAUUUACAGUUUUUCUCGAUUGCUUAAACACAUUUCUUGAAAUUAUGCCUCGUAUUCUCAAAACAGUAAACACAAAUCCAUAACAUCUCAUCCAAUUCCCCAAACAUCCUAUUUUCAGGUCAAAAUGAAGCUCUCUUCUCAAAACCAUUCAAACUGGCUGAAAAACCAAACUUUUCCUGCAGAUAUGACACACAAGCCCUCAAAAUCACCCACACUGCAACAUAGUCUUAGACACUGGUGAGAUCAAUUCAAAACACUAAAGCCUCUUAUUGUGAUUCAAGAAUAAUUUGACAGCUUAGUGUUUAUUAGAAUAUACAACAUAAAAGAGUGCAGAUAAAGCAAAAUGCAAAAAUGAGCUUUAGGAAAAAAUAAAACAUUACACUACUGUCAAGUAUGAAGAUGAUCUUACAAGACAAGAAAAGUUCAAAAACCAAAGAACAAUAUGAACUGUGCAACACAAUACAGUAUACAACUGCACAAAUAACAUUUACAUUCAGGCCUUUAGCAGAUGCUUUCAUCCAAAGCGACUGACCGAGAAGAAAAAGGAAACAAUACAGUGAAGCGAUUUGUCAAUAGGAGGCAAGGUAAAAAAUAUGGAAUCCUCUGCACCUUUUGCCCAAUUUUGUAAAAGUAUUCCGUAUUUUCUGCAAAAAUUCAGAACAGGUAAAAAGGGUGUACACGUGGUACAGUUUACUGGAUACAGAAUAGAGAAAUUUCUCUCAUAUAAAGUGUGUACUGUAAUUAUACUGUAUGUUUACUGUAAGUAGUAUAAAGCCCAGUAGAUGAUUCUAGGAUGCACAAUUACCUGUGCUUUUAUUGAUAUUAUCCUGAGAUUCUGAUUGGUGUGUCAUCAGUUUUGCAACUGAAUGUUUACUGAUGGACAAAUGUGUGCUAUUUGAGUUUACAUAUUGACACUUCAGUUCAUUAUAUUGUGUGUUUGUGUUUUCUGAAUGAGAACAUGGUUAAACCUUUGCAAAUUGAGACUGUUUGUGUGUGGGGUUUGUACAAGUUGGUGUAUUGUUCUGAGAAUGUGUUUACAGUUGUCAGAAAAUGGUGAGUUGUUUCAUGAAUUGUGUGUUAGCAAUCGAGAAAAACUGUAAGACAGCAGAAAUUGGUGAUUUUUUUACAGUGUAUUGAGUAAAAGAAGUGAUUGAAUAAACCCACUUACAACAGAAGCUAUUUUUCUAUUUUCUAUUGCAGCAACUUAUUUCUAUAAUAGUGUUAUGGGUAAUUUAAGUCCCCCUGUGGUGAAAAUCAAGUUUUUAAUGUUGUUUAGUUGGUGUAUUUAAUAUUGCUGCUAAUGCGCAUGCGCAGCCAGGGCCAUCUUUUGGAGUGAUCUAAAACAUGGAAAAACAAGACACGCAUUUUGUUUUCUGUACUUCGUGAUUGCCUCUGAUGCAAGAUAUUUUUACUAACCCUAACAGAAACAGGUAUUGUUGUUCAUUACCAUGGCAACUGCUUGCAUGUUUGUGCUUCUUCAAUACGAAGAGGUGGUAAGACCGCAAAAAGCUUGACACAUACCAGUGACUGCAUUAUUAUAUAUUUUUAUAAGCAGCCCUGUUCUGUUUGAUAGGAUAUUGACUGGCGACUGGUUUAGCUUUCUUGCCAGCCACUUUAUUGUCUGCCCAAAGUGAUUUUAUUUUAAGUAAUUUUAAAAUUUAAGUAAAAGCAUUAUGCUAUUUUAAUGCUCAGAGAUUAGUUUUAAGUGAUAAAAUUAUCGACUAUGGGGGGACUUUAACAAGGCUGUAAGUUAACAUUUGGUCAUGGUGUGUUUGAAGUCAAAAGGAUAAUAUGAACAGCAAUGCAUUGAUGUGACUCAUGAUAUCGUCAGUUGUCAUUUGUAUGUUUUGUUUAUUUUUGGUCAGAUGAGCAGCUCAAUUGUCUUAAUGACUGUUAAUAUAAUUAUGAUGUCAUUACAUCAUAAUAUUGCUUUGUGAUGUACAAACCUACUACACUUUAUUUUAUUUAUUAUUUUCUAGUUGUAUUGAAGACCAUUUUUCUACUGACUUAAAUACAUUUAUGUUUCAAACAUUAGGAAUAA